AAUGCUUGCAAAGUCAUUCCUAGCUUGAAAGAUGCUGUGAUAGUUGAGGACUGGGUUGGUUUGAGACCCAGUCGCCCACGAGUCAGGAUUGAAAUAGAGCACGUGAACUUGAAAAACAGAGUCGUUCCAGUGGUGCAUAACUACGGGCAUGGGGGAGCAGGUGUAACGCUGCACUGGGGAUGCGCAGGAGAGGCAACAUCACUCGUGCAGAGCUGUUUAAAAGAUAUGAAGAAACUGUCAAAAUUGUAAUAUUAUUGUCAUCAGACACAACACCAGGGCAAUUUCCACAAUUUUGACAAAAAGCAAAGCAGGCUAUGGACGGUCUAUAGGACACUGUAUAAAACAGUAUACAGUACAUAACAUCUUUUGAGUCUAAUCAGUGGAUAUACCUGAUAAAACGGCUGUCCAUGUGCACAUUAUGGUAGUACUACUGUAUAUAAUUAGUUGCAUUAGAACUGUAUUACUACUUUAUCAAAAAAUAAUUGUGUAACCUAAUAUAAAAAGCUUAAUUAAAAAUAAUGUAUCGUUUCGGAAAAACUAAUAUAAAUUUAUGAAAAACAAUUCGAGACAUUUAACAAUAUUUACUAGUUCAUUGAAUAAUGAAUUAAACUAUCUAUAAACAUGAAUCACAUGGUUCAGUUUUUGAACCUGACUAUAGUUUCAAGUAAAGCUUUUUGACCCCUGAAAUGAGAGAGCCUCCAUAUAGGCCUAUUCAGAUUUUAUUUCCGAUUUUCAAGUACUUCGAAUACAAGCUGAUUGUAUUAACUUUACAAUCAGUACCUUUGCAGGCCUACUAAGACCAUGAGACCAUGCCAAGAGCUACAUGUAAAUCAGUUACCAGAUCUUAACUUGUACAUAUUUUCGUAAACAUACAUAAAAAAUAUUGGCACUGAUAUCUGUGCAAAGUGUUUUCGUCCACUUUUCUUCACUAAGUACAGCGGUAUUCAGACGUAAAUGGAUCAUGUCUAGGAGAAAGAUUUGUGUGAUCGGCGCAGGUGUUAUAGGUGUCUCCACUGCUGCUAGAAUCCAGGAUACAAUACCAGGAGUGGAUGUUACAAUUGUAGCUGAGAAAUUCUCUCCAUAUACUACAAGUGACGGCUCGGGUGGAUUCUGGGAACCACACGUACUUGCUGAUACUCCAAUUGAAAACCAACUGGAAUGGAGCAAGGAAACCUUUGAACAUAUCAAUAGCUUAAUUGGUACAGCGCAUGCAAGGGAUGCUGGAGUGAACUAUGUAUCUGGAUAUUCACUGCAUAAAUCAUAUCAGGAGGAUCCCUUUUGGAAAGACAUAGUAUUCGGGUUCAGACAUUUAAGUGAGCGAGAGCUUCAACUUUAUCCAGGACAUAGCCAUGGCUGGUUCCACACAUCAUUGAUUGCGAACUGCAGGACAUAUAUUCCUUGGCUGAUGGCUCAAUUCAGAAGAAAAGGUGGAAGCGUCAUCAAACGCAAGGUGCAAAGAAUUGAAGAG